UGUCUCUGUCUCUGUCUCUCUCUCUCUCUCUCUCUCUCUGUGUCUCUCUGUCUGGCUCUCUCUCUCUGUGUCUCUCUGUCUGGCUCUCUCUCUGUCUCUCUCUCCAUCUCUCUCUCUCUCUCCCCCCCGUCACCCUGUCUCUGUCUCUCUCUCUCUCUCUCUCUCUCUGUGUCUCUCUGUCUGGCUCUCUCUCUCUGUGUCUCUCUGUCUGGCUCUCUCUCUGUCUCUCUCUCCAUCUCUCUCUCUCUCUCCCCCCCAUCACCCUGUCUCUGUCUCUCUCUCUGUCUCUCUCUCUCUGUGUGUCUCUCUGUCUGGCUCUCUCUCCAUCUCUCUCUGUCUCUCUCUGUCUCUCUCUCCCUCUGUCUCUCCUCCCGUGACUCCGUCUCUCAGUGCCUCUCUUCCUCCCUCUCUCAGCCCCUUCGUGCCCUUUCCUCUGACACUCCCCACCCUGGUUUCCUGACUCCACCACUAGAUCCACCACCUCCAGCAACUGGGAACCCUCCCCUGCCCACCCUGCCCUGGGGUCCCCUCCCAGGAUUCCUUCUAGAUUAUAGCAUCUUCCCCGGGCGGGUUCUCAUGAACAAUUGUGGCUGCUUUUUUGGCCAGACAGGGGAGGGAGGGGAUGGGAUCAGGGAGUCCUGGAAUGGGAACUAGGCAAUAAAAAAAAAAAAAAAAUGUCAGAAGCAGGGCGGCGGGAGGUGGGGGCAGGGCCAGCUAUCCUUACCAGGGAUAAAAGGCUUUGCCAGCGUGACUAGGAAGAGAGACACCUCCCCUCCUUCCUUCAUCAAGACAUCAAGGAGGGACCUGUGCCCUGCUCCACAUCCUCCCACCUGCCGCCCGCAGAGCCUGCAGGCCCCGCCCCCCGGUCUCUGGUCCCUACCUCUCUGCUGUGUCUUCAUGUCCCUGAGGGUCUUGGGCUCUGGGACCUGGCCCUCAGCCCCUAAAAUGUUCCUCCUGCUGACAGCACUUCAAGUCCUGGCUAUAGCCAUGACACGGAGCCAAGAGGAUGAGAACAAGAUAAUUGGUGGCUAUACGUGCACCCGGAGCUCCCAGCCGUGGCAGGCGGCCCUGCUGGCGGGUCCCAGGCGCCGCUUCCUCUGCGGAGGCGCCCUGCUUUCAGACCAGUGGGUCAUCACUGCUGCUCACUGCGGCCGCCCGAUCCUUCAGGUUGCCCUGGGCAAGCACAACCUGAGGAGGUGGGAGGCCACCCAGCAGGUGCUACGCGUGGUUCGCCAGGUGACGCACCCCAACUACAACUCCCGGACCCACGACAACGACCUCAUGCUGCUGCGGCUACAGCAGCCCGCACGGAUCGGGAGGGCAGUCAGGCCCAUUGAGGUCACCCAGGCCUGUGCCAGCCCCGGGACCUCCUGCCGAGUGUCAGGCUGGGGAACUAUAUCCAGCCCCAUCGCCAGGUACCCUGCCUCUCUGCAAUGCGUGAACAUCAAUGUCUCCCCGGAUGAGGUGUGCCAGAAGGCCUAUCCUAGAACCAUCACGCCUGGCAUGGUCUGUGCAGGAGUUCCCCAGGGUGGGAAGGACUCUUGUCAGGGUGACUCUGGGGGACCCCUGGUGUGCAGAGGACAGCUCCAGGGCCUCGUGUCUUGGGGAAUGGAGCGCUGCGCCCUGCCUGGCUACCCCGGUGUCUACACCAAUCUGUGCAAGUACAGAAGCUGGAUUGAGGAAACGAUGCGGGACAAAUGACGUUCUUCAUGGUGGGAUGGACCUCGUCAGCUGCCCAGGCCCUCCUCUCUCUACUCAGGACCCAGGAGUCCAGGCCCCCAGCCCCUCCUCCCUCAGACUCAGGAUCCCAGGCCCCAGCCCCUCUUCCCUCAGACCCAGGAGUCCAGGCUCCAGCCCCUCCUCCCUCAGACCCAGGAGUCCAGGCCCCAGCCCCUCCUCCCUCAGACCCAGGAGUCCAGGCCGCAGCCCCUCCUCCCUCAGACCCAGGAGUCCAGGCCGCAGCCCCUCCUCCCUCAGACCCAGGAGGCCAGGUCCCCAGCCCCUCCUCCCUCAGACCCAGGAGUCCAGGUCCCCAGCCCCUCCUCCCUCAGACCCAGGAGUCCAGGCCCCAGUCCCUCCUCCCUCAGACCCGGCAGUCCAGGCCCCAGCCCCUCCUCCCUCAGACCCAGGAGUCCAGGCCCCAGCCCCUCCUCCCUCAGACCCAGGAGUCCAGGCCCCAGUCCCUCCUCCCUCAGACCCAUGAGUCCAGGCCCCCAGCCCCUCCUCCCUCAGACCCAGGAGUCCAGGCCCCAGCCCCUCCUCCCCCAGACCCAGGAUCCCAGUCCCCAGCCCCUCCUCCCUCAGACCCAGGAGUCCAGGCCCCAGCCCCUCCUCCCUCAGACCCAGGAGUCCAGGCCCCAGCCCCUCCUCCCUCAGACCCAGGAGUCCAGGCCCCAGCCCCUCCUCCCUCAGACCCAGGAGUCCAGGCCCCAGCCCCUCCUCCCUCAGACCCAGGAGUCCAGGCCCCAGCUCCUCCUCCCUCAGACCCAGGAGUCCAGGCCCAGCCCCUCCUCCCUCAGACCCAGGAGCCCCAGUCCCCAGCAUCCUGAUCUUUACUCCGGCUCUGAUCUCUCCUUUCCCAGAGCAGUUACUUCAGGCGUUUUCUCCCCACCAUGCCCCCACCCUUGCUGUGUCACCAUCACUACUCAAGACCGGAGGCACAGAGGGCAGGAGCACAGACCCCUUAAACCGGCAUUGUAUUCCAAAGAAGACAAUUUUUAACACGCUUAGUGUCUCUAAAAACCGAAUAAAUAAUGACAAU